CUCCAAUUGGUCGAAAGGAUUAUGGGCGGAGUUUGUUUCCAGGAAGUGACAGGCGUGACCAGAGUCUCUCUCUGCCGCGCGAAGGGAAGUUUAUCUCGUUUGCACAAAAAGUAUUUCUCUUUUUUCUGAAUCCACCACCGACAUGGGCGACGAAGAGGAGAAGUAUGACGGCAUGCUGCUGGUCAUGGCGCAGCAGCACGAAGGAGGAGUACAGGAGUUAGUGAACACGUUCUUCAGCUUUCUCCGACGUAAAACUGAUUUCUUCAUCGGAGGAGACUCGGGUGCAGCAGAGAAGCUGGUCAGAGAGGCAUUCGAUCACCACAACAAGCUGGCUAUGAAAGCCCAGAAGGAGAAGCAGAUGAGACAGGAGAAGGAGAAGAAAGAGAAAGCUGAAAGAGCCGCCAAGCUGGCAGAAGAGGAGAGAAGGAAAAAAAACCAAGAUGGACCCAGAAUCCAGGAACUAACAGAUGAAGAAGCAGAGAAACUUCAGUCUGAGCUGGACAAAAAGAAGAAAGAUGAGGAGAAGAAAGAGGAAAGAACAAACGCAGAGGAAACGCCAGACAAGACGGACAAAGAGAAGGGGUCUGAUUCUGAAGGAGAGGAGGAUGAGAAGGACAAGGGAAAGCUGAAGCCCAACUCUGGGAACGGAGCAGAUCUGCCAAACUACAAGUGGACACAGACACUGUCUGAAGUCGAUCUGUCGGUGCCUUUUGACGUGAAGUUCCGCAUCAAAGGGAAGGAUGUGGUGGUGGACGUUCAGCGGCGCUCCAUCAAAGUGGGCCUGAAGGGACACCCCCCAGUGGUUGAUGGUCAGCUGUACAAUGAGGUGAAGGUGGAGGAGAGCUCCUGGCUGAUCGAUGAUGGGAAGGUGGUCAACGUCCACCUGGAGAAGAUUAAUAAAAUGGAGUGGUGGAGCAGGAUUGUGACCACAGAUCCAGAGAUGAACACUAAAAAGAUCUGUCCGGAGAACUCCAAGCUGUCGGACCUGGACGGAGAGACACGUGGGAUGGUGGAGAAGAUGAUGUAUGACCAGAGGCAGAAGUCCAUGGGCCUGCCCACGUCUGAAGAGCAGAAGAAGCAAGACAUCCUGAAAAAGUUCAUGGCUCAGCACCCAGAGAUGGAUUUCUCCAAAGCAAAGUUCAGCUGAGUCCUCGUCGUCGCUCAUCCCCGCCCUGUCAUUCUGACGAGGCUGAGAAGCUGCUGUCUGUUAGCAUCAUCUGUCUUUGCAUGUCGUUUUGAUGUUUUAAUUUUUCAAAUAAAAUAAUUUGAAACCAAA